AGCGAAGGCUGUCUGCCUGCAGGGAAAGGCUUAUAGUGCGCGCUGCCGUCGUAAAAAGGUAGAUCUCUUGCCAAAAUUUCGCCGGGAUUUCUCGAAGCGACUGAGACUGAGAGUAUAACGGAUAGCAAUAUGUCGGAGGAAGAGCAGGUAGUAGCUGCCGGAGAGGUGUUCGUCAACAACAGCUUCUUCUGUGACUUCAACCACCGGGUGCCCAAAGAAAUGGUGCGCUAUGUCUUUGUCACAGGAGACACCAGCCUCUCCAGGGUCUCCUUCGCUGACCAGUAUGCCCCAGUGAUCAACAACCCGCCAGUGCCCUUCACCACGGCCAUCCCCGGCGGUAUGUACCCUGGACGUAUGAUCUUCAUCAGCGGAGUCCCCAACUUUGGAGCAGACAGGUUCAGCGUGAACCUGGUGUGUGGCGGGGACUUUGACGCCUGUGACGUGGCGCUGCACAUGGACAACCGCCUCGCCUACGGAAACGGAAACACCGUGGUGCGCACGCACAAACAGGGAGGCAACUGGGGCGCCGAGGAGAGCUUCCAGAAUUUCUUCCCGUUCAGCCCCAACGCCCAGUUUGAGAUCAUGAUCCUCGCUGAGCCCUCAGGAUACAAGAUCGCCGUCAACAACCAACACUUCUGUGAGUUCGCUCACCGCAUCCAGCCCGUCCAGCGAGCUGACCACGUACACGUCAGAGGUGACGUCAGACUCACCCAGGUCCGCUUCCAGUGAACUCAACACGUCUGCCAGACAACCUAGAUCACCCAACUCAAGAGCAACAACUCUGAAUGAACAAACCGCAUCUUUUUUUUAUAUUAUUGUAAUAAUAUUUAUUAUGACAUGAAUCUAGGAGAGUGUUAUAGCUCUCUCUCUCUCGCGCUGCUCUGCAAAAAACCUGUUGCUACAAUACUAUAAUGAAAAUAUUUAUGAUCAUUUUCUGGAGAUGAAGAAAAAAUGUCACCGACCACCUCAUCGGGAGCUAAGGAGCUAAUAGUUAUGUUAAUUUAUUCUGAGACUUUCUACUGGUUUGGGUUGUAUGAUAGUACAAUGAGAAUGAGCUUAACUUACGCUCCAUGUAAACUGAGCUCAGACCACGAAAAAAAUGUGGGAAAUCAGUUUACACCUGGAUAGCAUAAUAGUUAAUACGUCAUUUCAUUCCACUGAUCAUUAACUCUGUAUGUGCCACAAGUUAUCAGCACUUCAUCAAAUAGUGUAGAAAAAGGCUCUGAUGCAUCGGUGCUUGGUACAGAAAUAUUUUAUAUAAUUUAAUAUCAAUACAGCCCCUGCUAUUUCAGCCAUUUUCAAUUUCUGAAACUGUUCGUACAAAUGGUUCCUGUCUUCCAUCCUUUGGGUACGGAUGUCUUGCUUAAAGCUUUAAAGUGCCAUGUAAUAAUAAUACUCCUGACUAGCUCUGCUUUCCCACUGCGCGUUACAAAAUGUCUGUGUAUCUGCCAAGGUCAAAGUUCAACAAUCUAUGGUGCUUAAUCCCACUACUUCUAAUCAUUUGCUUGGCAUGGUGGGCUUUUUUUGGGUUACUUUUGACUCGUUUAUGAAGCAUUACUGUCGGUCAUUCAGAUGUCAAUAAAAAUGUUCUACACUUUUCCUUUGUGUUUUGAUAUUCACGUACAUGUAAGUGUAUCUAUCUCAACAACUUAAUGUAGUAGUGGUAUCGGUAGUGCUUACGAAAUAUGCUACGGUGAUGAGAUGUUUUCAUAUUAAUUUCUUUGGAUUUGACAUCGAUGACCACAGAGUAACGUCUAUCAGAGGAAGAGAUAAUUACCUAACUAAAAUGGAGAGUUGUUAUGUAAGCUGUAGCAAACUUGUUUGAAUACGUCGUCAAAAGAAUUAUUAGAAUUUCGCAAUUUGUACAAGGUAUGCCAUAACACAAAAAAAGGCAAACUAUUGUAGUAAACAGAUUUCUGAAAGUCAGUGAAAGCAUAGAUACAGAUAAAAAGGCAUGCGAACAUACAAUCAGUUUUGAGGAGACAAAAGAAAGAAAUAUGACCAACACUGCUCCGGGAACAAAUAUCCUUGCUACGAGUUUCAAUCUCGUCUGUGAUGUGCUCAAUUUAGAAUCUGACCAAAACGGAAACUGAAUAAAGUUUUCUGAGCCUCA